AUCAUCCACCGUGAUAUCAAGUCGACCAACAUUUUACUGGAUGAGAGCUUUGUUGCUAAAGUUGCUGAUUUUGGUCUUUCAAGAUCGGGGCCUCGUCUCGACGAGACACACGUUAGUACGGGAGUAAAAGGUAGCUUUGGCUAUCUUGAUCCAGAGUAUUUUCGAAGACAACAACUCACUGAUAAGUCGGAUGUGUAUUCAUUUGGAGUAGUGCUCUAUGAAGUUCUUUGUGCUCGGCCUGCUGUUGAUCCAUUGCUUGAUAGGGAACAAGUAAAUCUCGCCGAAUGGGCGCUGCAUUGGCAACGGAAAGGAAUGCUCGAAAAGAUCAUCGAUCCACAUUUGGUCGGGAAAAUCAAUCCGAGUUCGUUAAAGAAAUAUGGAGAAACAGCAGAAAAAUGUUUGGCUGACUAUGGAAUUGACAGACCAACAAUGGGAGAUGUCUUAUGGAACUUGGAAUAUGUUCUUCAACUACAAAUCGAGCUACCGAUCGAGCCAUCAGAACCCGUAGAUGUCGAUGAAUCCAACUUUCCGACGUCCACCGCAACUCAUCCAAGCGACUUGAGGAGACAUUCAGAUGAAGGUACUGAUAACUAUUCAGACAUAAGUACAACCAAAGUUUUCUCCCAGUUGCUUACUAAUGAUGGAAGAUAGCUAGCUUUAUGAUGGAUUCUUAAACAAGAAUCCAUAUACUAUAACAAAAUUACAGCCAAGCCUUCUGAGAUAACUCUGCUGGCUUAUAAUGUUGUAAUAGGUCAUUUGUUAGUGUGAUAUCUGAGGAAAAAUUAGCUAGUUAGUUAUGUGCAGGUUAGUUUGACAAGAUUUGAAUCGGGUCAGGAGCGACCUUGACGUUACCUUCCCCCCACCUCGACGUUUCUGGUUCAGGUCGAAACGUGCAUCUCACGAUGGCUGGGGCUGCUUGGUAAGCCGUGGCUGGACCCAUAUUAAACAUUAUGGGUCAUCAUCUUCUCAUAUGACUUCAUUGAGCCUUCCUACCAUGUUGUUUUGUGUUAUGGUGAUUUUGAGCCACCUUACGUGGUCUUACCUAGGCUAAGACUUUGGGUGUUCUAUCUUGGUUCUUGACUUCGGGUUAUGAAUUACUCCUUAUAGUUCUUUUUGUGUUACCUAUCAUGGUAGGCAGUCCAAACUUCUCCUCGGGAUGAUAGAUGGAGUGAUUUAGGUGUUAGAAAUUACGACUCUCUAUAAUGGUAUGAUAUUGUAUGCUUUGAGCUUAAGCUCUCAUGACUUUGAUUUUGGUUUUCCCAUAAAGAC